AUGGCUCCAAAUGAUAUUCAAUCCACUGUCAGGGCUUAUAGCACCCAAGUUGAUCAGCGCCUCCCUCCUGGGCAUGUAGCUCACGAUCUAGGCCAAGCCCUGGCCCAAGAAGUGGAUUCAGAGAUCCUGUUUCCGGACAAGGCUUCUUCACUUCGCAGGUUCUUUGAGAAAGAUGCUUCAGCAGAUGACAAGGAUUUAUUGACUGAGCUUGUCCGCGUAGAAUACGCCAGACUGGCAAGAAAGUUACUUGUUUUCGAACAAAGAAGCUCCAAAGAAGAUAGGUUGGAUGAUACCCAAUUCGAAUGCACAAUUGAAGGUGUCGUCAACAUGAUCCAGAAGAUCAUUACGAGGUGGGAGUCGAAGAAGAAUCAAGGCUUCGCGAACAAGACUAAGGCAUUGUUCCACCGUUUAUGCCGAGGCAUCAACUCUCACAGUUCUCUACUCGAGGUUCUGCCUGACGGCAAUGAAUACGUCUCACUUUUCACCGGAGUGUUGACAGUCAUCAUCAAAGCCAGCGCCAAUCAUGAGAAUGUCGCGAGGGGAUUUGCCGAGAAUCUCUGCUCAAUCAACCAAUCCAUCGGAGAUAUACAGGUCGACUUAUCCCUGUUCAAGAUAGAUAAUAUGAUCGAAGCAAUAUCUGAGUUCUACGGCCACAUAUUUCUGUACCUUUCGAGCGUGUUGGAAUGGAUCAUGGAGAAACGAAGGACCAGAUUUAUUGCUUCGUUCAAUGAGAGCUUGGUGGAGCGUUUUGAGGACGACAUUAAACGAAUAAGUCAAAGUGCCGAGAGGAUCCGCAAUCUAGCUCAGCAAAGCUCCAGAGCUGAAGCGAGAUACCACAGGCUGGAGACCGAAAAUGCCAACCGUGACAUACGGCUAGGUUUGCAUGGCCUCGCAAGACAAAAUGCAGAGAUCAAACACGAUUUGGAGGUCAUGAAGCGCCGACAAGCCCAAAUAGAAGAAACUCGGAAACAAGAACCGCGCUAUCAAAAGCAAUUGGGGUAUAGUGUGAAGUUAUUUCUAGAAGAGAGGACACGACACGAACAAACGACGCACUACGCGCUCAAAAUUGUGAGCCCGGAUCAAUUGGACAUUUUAACCCAAUCUGGACUGCAACUUGAGAAGCUCGACCAAGUGACGGAAGUGUCAUCCUCGGACGACGUGGCCCUCAACUCCAGGCACCUGGAGGACUAUUUCUCACGCGACCGAGUGCGCCUGCACGCUAACGACUCCGCGCCCAUGCCAUUCGAGCCGGAGACUAUCUCGAGAGUCACCGACUGGUCCAAUGGUGAGGCCGUACCGAUGCUCUGGAUCGACGGGCCUGUCAUGGACUGCGAAGAGGAGCGCAACCCACUUCCCAUGCUCACCGCUCAACUUAUAGAGCUCACAGCCAGAAGUCAUCUUCACGUCAUUUCGUACUUCUGUGAGCUUUCGCGCAGCGUCGAAGCAGCUGAACGUGAAGCCCAGGCUACGGUGUCUCUGGUGUACUCGCUGAUUCGGCAGCUGAUCGAGUUACUUCCGCCCGAGUUCGAAGCUCCCGUGGACUUUUCUGAGGCGCGAUUUCGUCGCCUUGAUGGCACUCUGAAGUCGUGCGAUGAGUCCAUGCAGAUGUUUGAGGACUUGCUUAAUCUUGUACCUGCAGCGACUGUAUUCUGUUUCAUUGACGGGCUGCACUUGGUGGACGAUAAGCGUGUCGAAGAGUCCCUACAACUUUUCCUGCGGCAGCUGCGUCGUGACAAUGGCAAGCUAAGGGUCCUCUUCACUACAUCUGGGAGGUCUGCGUGUUUGGCCAAAGAGCUGAAGGUCGAGGAGACUUUGAUGAUUGAUUCAUAUCGCAAAGGUAGUGCGGCAUAUGGGCUAGAUCUUUAG